AUGGCCCUAGCCACCACCUGGGCAUUGGACAGGAAUCCUUUAACAGAAUACCCUUCAAGGGGAGGGGGGAAUGCAGAAGAUAGAAAAGAGCACGGGAAGUAUGCUGAGGGGACACACUUAAUGCUAUUGCUCCAGCAUGUGAAACAGCUGAAGGCAAGCUUGCACCCUGCCUGCGGCACACUUGAUACGCACUUGAUUGAUUCCAAUGUUCUGAUGGGGAUCUUCUUGAGUAUGAAACUGCAGGGGACUUUGGUCAUGGACUGUUCCUCCAGGCUCCCUCUGUGUGAGGAGGGGGAGAGGGCUCGCAGGCACUCAUGGACAGCCAAUGGGCUCUCCUUGCUGGAAGGCAAGCUGCAGGUCUUUGAGAACAUUGUGUCUGUUCUGAGCAAGGAGAUGGUUGCCUCUUGGCAGAAUAUUGUGGCAUUCCAGAGCCAGAGCAGCCUUGACCAGGAUAUGAUCCGUGGCUUGGAGCUGAAGUUUUGGCAUGUAUUAAAAACAAGAUUUAAAACCAUAUUGGAAUCUGCUACCUAUUUACCAUAUUUACGCAAAUCUAAUGCACCACCAAAUCUAAUGCACACCCCAAUUUUCAGGACUUCUCCAUCUUCAGCAUUCUACACUUCACAAUAUGGUGACAAGCUCUGCAUGAGGAUUUACCUGAAUGGUGAAGGGAGAAACAGAGGGACACACCUCUCACUCUUUCUGGUGCCUGACUAUGAUGCUGUUCUGCAGUGGCCUUUUGCCCACAACGUAAGGUAACCUUUACUUGAUCAGAAUGAUGGAGACCAUAUUGUCAAUACUCUCCACCCAGACUUCUUCAUUUCAGAAGCUGAUAUGGAUGAGUCAGUUGGCUUCCCCAGGUUUGUUUCUUUGGCCAAACCACAUUCUUUGAAACAUGCCUAUUUAAGAGAUGGCACUCUGUUCCUACUACAGAAGUGCUACAGAAACCAUAUCAUGAAAAGUUCAUGA